AUGGGUCAGGAAUUUUCUCAUGAAGGGGUUAAUAGCGAGCAUACAUCAUAUGAUCAGUAUGAGCAAGAGGAAGAAAAACAUGAGGAAGUUGACGUGGAUUAUAUGGAUGAGGAUGACACAAAUGUGGAACCAAUGUUCGAUUAUCACGGCUUCGAUGAAGGGUAUAACAUUGACUCACUCGAAGACAUUGUGAUGAUUGAAUUUUGGAACAUCAGGGACAAAGAUGUAUGUCAUUUUCACUUUUCUGAUGUCGACAUUGCAUUUGAGUUCUACGAUAGAUAUGUAAGGACAAGAGGCUUUAGUGCUCGAAAGAACAGGACUAGGAAGAGUCAUGCGGGCAUAUUUAAGUUGAAGAAUUUUGUAUGUCAUUGUGAAGGAUUUAGACUGCAAAAUAAUUAUGGCAUUGGAAACUUUAAGAGAAAACCUACUCCAGAGACAAGGUGUGGCUGCAGUGCAAUGAUGGAGAUUCGUCUAGAUGCACCUAGUGGUCGUUGGUUUAUUUCUUAUUUUUCUGAUGAACACAAUAAUCCGCUUUUGGAUCCUCAGUUGACUGGAUUGCUUCGUGGGCAUAGAUUCAUGUCCGAGGUUGAUAUUGGCCACAUGUUUAACAUGAAAAAGGGUGGGAUUAGUGUUGGGCAGAUAUACCGGGCAUUAGCAUAUCAGGCAGGUGGCUACGAGUAUCUCUCUUUCACGCAAAGGGACAUGUACAAUAAAAUAGCAAAGCAGAGGCGCUAA